AUGCCACUUGUAGUUGUGAGUGACUUCACUACGUUGAUGCUACGCUCCACCAAGCUUGUGUGUUCUGUGUUCCUCAAACGUUGUUUGUUGCACAAUCUUUGUACUUCAAGUUCACAACCAGAAACCAUAGCCAGAAACAUUGAUGCACAGAUACGUGCUCUUUCCAUGCAAGGCAACCUUGAAGAAGCUCUUUCACUUCUUUACACCCACUCUUCUCUGUCCCUUCAAGCCUAUGCCUCUUUUUUCCAUGCUUGUGCUCAGAAAAAGUUCCUCCAACAAGGCAUGGCCCUGCACCAUUACAUACUUGACAAAUCCCCCACAAUUCAAAAUGACCUUUUUCUCACUAAUCACCUCAUAAAUAUGUACUGCAAGUGUGGCCACUUAGACUAUGCUCGCUACCUGUUCGAUCAAAUGCAGCACAGAAAUGUUGUUUCUUGGACUGCUCUCAUUUCGGGAUAUGCCCAAUCUGGCCUAAUCAGAGAGUGUUUUUCUCUCUUCUCUGGCUUGUUGGCUCGCUUCCGCCCCAAUGAAUUUGCUUUUGCAAGUUUGAUUAGCGCGUGUGAGGAGCAUGACAUUAGAUGUGGCAUGCAGGUACAUGCAGUUGCUUUGAAAAUUUCUUUGGAUGCCAAUUUAUAUGUUGCAAAUGCUCUUAUUACCAUGUAUAGCAAGUGCUCUGGUUCCAGUGGAGGUUAUGAUCAAACAGCAGAUGAUGCCUGGACCAUGUUCAAGUCAAUGGAGUUCCGAAAUCUUAUAUCUUGGAAUUCAAUGAUUGCAGGUUUUCAAUUUCGUGGACUUGGGGACAAAGCCAUUAGUCUGUUUACACAUAUGUACUGCAAUGGAAUUGGCUUUGACCGUGCCACACUACUUAGUGUCUUCUCUUCCUUGAAUGAAUGCGGUGCUUUUCAUGACAUUAACAUACAUCUCAGGAACUGUUUUCAAUUGCACUGUCUCACUAUUAAAAGCGGUCUUAUUUCAGAAGUUGAAGUGAUAACUACAUUGGUAAAAUCCUAUGCUAAUCUCGGAGGACACAUUUCUGAAUGUUAUAGGCUCUUCCUUGAUACAAGUGUCCAACAGGAUAUUGUGUCGUGGACUGCUAUUAUUACUGUGUUUGCAGAACGGGAUCCUGAGCAGGCUUUCCUCCUUUUCUGUCAACUUCAUCGUGAAAAUUUUAUGCCAGACUGGCAUACGUUCUCAAUUGCCUUGAAAGCUUGUGCAUACUUUGUGACUGAGCAACAUGCCCUGGCAGUUCACUCACAAGUAAUUAAAAAAGGGUUUCAGGAAGAUACAGUUCUUUCAAAUGCCUUGAUACAUGCAUAUGCAAGGUGUGGCUCCUUAGCUUUGUCUGAACAAGUAUUUGAUGAAAUGGGUUGCCGUGAUUUGGUUUCUUGGAAUUCAAUGCUGAAGUCUUAUGCCUUACACGGGCAAGCUAAAGAUGCACUCGAGCUCUUCCAGCGAAUGAAUGUCCGUCCAGAUUCUGCAACCUUCGUUGCGCUUCUCUCAGCUUGCAGUCAUGCUGGACUUGUUGAUGAAGGAGUGAAAUUUUUCAACUCUAUGUCUGAUGAUCACGGUAUUGUUCCUCAACUAGAUCACUAUGCCUGCAUGGUUGACCUAUAUGGACGAGCUGGACAGAUAUUUGAGGCUGAGGAGUUGAUUGGUAAAAUGCCAAUGAAACCUGAUUCUGUGAUUUGGAGUUCAUUACUUGGAUCUUGCCGGAAGCAUGGUGAGACUCGCUUGGCCAAAUUAGCAGCUGAUAAAUUUAAAGAGUUGGAGCCCAAGAAUUCAUUGGGAUAUGUACAAAUGUCAAACAUAUAUUCUUCUGACGGUAGUUUUAUUGAAGCUGGCCUGAUUAGGAGGGAAAUGAGAGAGUCUAAAGUAAGAAAAGAACCUGGAUUAAGCUGGGUUGAGAUUGGAAAGCAGGUUCAUGAGUUUGCCUCUGGUGGUCAACAACAUCCAGAUAGGGGGGCCAUUUUAAGCCGGCUUGAGAUCUUGAUUGGACAAUUGAAAGAGAUUGGCUAUGUGCCAGAGAUUAGCUUAGCCUUGUAUGACACGGAAGUGGAGCACAAAGAAGAUCAAUUGUUUCAUCACAGCGAGAAGAUGGCAUUAGCAUUUGCUGUAAUGAAUGAAGGAAGUUUGCCUUGUGGUGGGAAUGUCAUUAAAAUAAUGAAGAAUAUCCGUAUCUGUGUGGAUUGCCAUAACUUCAUGAAAUUAGCAUCAUAUCUAUUUCAGAAGGAGAUUGUUGUGAGAGAUUCAAAUCGCUUUCACCAUUUCAAAUAUCCAACAUGCUCUUGUAAUGACUACUGGUAA